AUGGAACCUUCGAAAACGGAAAUAUUUCUCUCUACUUUUGGCUCUCAGCUUACAGGUAGAGACGAUUUUUCACACUAUUCUAAACGCCUGGAGGUAGCACUUGACAACAUCGACCGUACAUACUGGGAACUCCUGGUAGGACUUUCUGCCCCAAAAUACACCGAAGAACGCACCCCUGUCUCUCUAGACACGGCAAAGAUCCUGAUCGCAAUAAAGCACUUUACGGACAACCUCAUACUCAGCCCUGACAAUAUUACCAUGGCCAAAGCAUACGCCUUCAUCAAAGAACACUACACAGACCCGAAUGAAGAAUAUGCUAUUUGGUCUUCUGCAAACCAUGAAUUGUGUCGCUACCUUCUUGCCACACUCAGCAUGCAUGUCAAGCUUCAGGUGAAUCGUCUCAAAACUGCGGCAGAAAUGUGGACUGCUCUGACAAAGAUAUAUGGAUCGGUACCUGCGUUUACCUGCGCCGAAAAAUACAACGAGUGGCUGGCAUGCGUUUACACACAAGGUAUGCAUGAUUCAGUCUUCGUGAGAAACUGGCGUAUGGCCUUAGACAAUGUCCAGGGCAUUUUACCCAGCGACCAAAAGCUUCCACAUUCUCUGAUCCGCACGGUGUUCAUCAAUGCAGUGACCAAAAAUCCCCGCUGUGCGUGGCGGGCUCCUACAAUCAAGUUCAGGGCCGACGAUAGGAAUAAAAUCGACAGGCUAAUCUCGGAAUUUACUUUUUAUGAACGAUUUGAUCGGGGUACUCGGGGAUAG